AGACCCCGCCUCGCCUGGCCUCGCCCCUCCCGGCCCAAGCAGGCAGCCAAGGCAAGGCAAGGCAAAGGCAAAGGCAAAGGCUUGGCUUGGCUUGGCUUUCCGGGGAGGGGGCGCCAUGGCUGGGGGCCGCCCGGGGGUCCAUGCCCUCCAGCUGGAGCCCCUGAAGGUCCACGAGACCCUCCUCAAGGGCAGCAAGUUCAUGAAGUGGGACGAGGAACCCACAUGCCGGGCUCUGGUGACCCUCCGAGUUGACCCUCAGGGCUUUUUCCUGUACUGGACCGGUCCCAGUAUGGAAGUGGACAUUCUGGAUAUCAGCACUAUUCGGGACACUCGAACAGGACGAUAUGCCAAGCUGCCCAAGGACCUCAAGAUCCGGGAGAUCCUUGGCUUUGGGGGGCCGGAGCAACGACCAGAGGAGAAGCUCUUGACCGUCAUUCAUGGCCCUGACAUGGUCAACGUGAGCUUCCUCAACUUCAUGGCGGUUGUCCAGGAUGAUACAGCAAAGUUGUGGACCGAGGAGUUGUUCAAGCUGGCCACCAACAUCUUGGCACAGAACGCUUCGCGGAACACCUUCCUGCAGAAAGCCUACACCCGGCUCAAAAUCCAGGUCAAUCAGGAUGGCAGGAUCCCUGUCAAGAACAUCCUCAAAAUGUUCUCAGCCGACAAAAAGAGGGUGGAGACGGCCCUGGAAUCCUGUGGUCUGAAUUUUAAUAGGAGCGAGUCCAUCAAACCCGAUGAGUUCACCCUGGAGAUCUUCGAACGCUUCCUGAACAAGCUCUGCCUUCGCCCGGACAUCGAUAAGAUUUUGCUAGAGAUUGGAGCCAAGGGGAAGCCGUACCUCAGUCUGGACCAGCUGAUGGACUUCAUCAACCAAAAGCAAAGAGACCCCCGCCUCAAUGAGGUCCUGUAUCCUCCGCUGACUCAGGCCCAGGUCCGCCAGCUCAUCGACAAGUACGAGCCCAACCAACAGUUCCAGCAGCGAGACCAGAUGUCUAUGGAGGGGUUUGGGCGCUACCUGGGCGGAGAAGAGAAUGCCAUUGUCCCCCCAGAAAAGCUGGACUUAAGUGACGAUAUGACCCAGCCCUUAAGCGGCUACUUCAUUAAUUCUUCACAUAAUACCUACCUCACAGCUGGGCAACUGACCGGCAAUUCCUCGGUGGAGAUGUAUCGCCAGGUCCUGCUGAGCGGCUGCCGCUGCAUUGAGCUUGACUGCUGGAAGGGCCGACCUCAAGACGAGGAACCCUUCAUCACACAUGGGUUCACAAUGACCACGGAAAUCCCCUUCAAGGAAGUCAUCGAGGCGAUUGCCGAAAGCGCCUUCAAGGCUUCGACCUUCCCGGUUAUUCUUUCCUUUGAGAACCACGUCGACUCGGCAAAGCAACAAGCCAAGAUGGCGGAGUAUUGCCGGAAUAUUUUUGGCGACGCUCUCCUCAUCGAUCCCUUUGAAAAAUAUCCGCUCCAGCCUGGCGUUCCCUUGCCGAACCCUCAAGAGCUGCAGGGUCGGAUUCUGGUGAAAAACAAAAAGCGUCGGCCGCAUAGCAAGGGCUCGGAGGGCAGCGUCCGCAAGCGGGUCCUGGAGCAGAUGCCCAGCACUUACAGCGAUUCCUCAGGGGUUGGCGAGCCAGGCUCCCCCGCACUAGGUUCUCCUUUCGCAGAUGCUUCUGAGGUCCUUUCGCCCGUCAUGACCAACGGGGAGGAGAAGUCCUCUGACCGGGUGGCGAAGCUGGUCGAACCCCGCAAAUCUAUUGACCGGGAAGCUGAAAGCGAAGAAGAGGAGGAGCAGCAAGACCCCAAAAAACCCACAACCGAUGAGGGCACCGCAAGCAGCGAGGUCAAUGCCACGGAAGAAAUGUCCACGUUGGUGAACUACAUUGAGCCGGUCAAGUUCAAAUCCUUUGAGGUGGCCAGCAAACGCAACAAAUCCUACGAGAUGUCUUCGUUUGUGGAGACCAAAGGUCUGGAGCAGCUCACUAACAGUCCCAUGGAGUUUGUGGAAUACAACAAGAAGCAACUGAGCCGGAUCUACCCCAAAGGGACCCGGGUGGAUUCCUCCAACUACAUGCCUCAGGUCUUCUGGAACGCUGGCUGCCAGAUGGUGGCCCUGAAUUUCCAGACACUUGACUUACCAAUGCAGCUGAACCUGGGCAUCUUUGAAUACAACCGCCGGAGCGGAUACCUGCUCAAGCCGGAGUUCAUGCGGCGCCAGGACAAGCCGUUUGACCCUUUCACGGAAGAUAUUAUCGAUGGCAUUGUGGCCAACACUGUCAAAGUGAAGAUAAUCUCGGGGCAAUUCCUGUCGGACAAACGGGUGGGCAUCUACGUGGAGGUGGACAUGUUUGGUUUGCCGGUGGACACCAAGCGCAAGUUUCGGACCCGGACAUCGCAGGGGAAUUCCUUCAACCCCGUUUGGGAUGAAGAACCCUUUGUCUUCCACAAGGUGGUGCUUCCUACGCUCGCCUCACUGCGUAUUGCCGUCUUUGAAGAAGGAGGCAAGUUUGUGGGGCACCGGAUACUGCCUGUUUCCGCCAUCCGUUCAGGUUACCACUACAUUUGUCUGCGCAGCGAGAGCAACCAACCACUUUGCCUCCCGGCUUUGCUGGUCUAUACAGAAGCCUACGAUUAUAUCCCAGACGACCAUCAAAAUUACGCGGAGGCAUUGAUUAACCCCAUUAGACACGUCAACCUAAUGGACCAGCGGGCCAAACAGCUUGCAGCUCUGAUAGGCGAGAGUGAGGAGAAUGCAGAGAAGCCCCGGGAGUCGCUCUCGAGAAGCUCCUCCAGCUCAACCCCUGGCCCCACUGAAGAGGCCCACAAACCUCCACCAGUCCUGCUCUCUCCAACACGGACCCCCAGCGUGGUCCCCAGUCAAGUGCAGAGGGACGAUCUCAUCGCCAGCAUCCUGGCAGAGAUUUCUCCUCAGUCUAUAGAAGAGCUGCGGCAGCAAAAGGCUUUUGUGAAACUGCUGAAGAAGCAGUACCGCGAACUGAAGGAGCUCCGGAGGAAACACAUGAAGAAAAUCUGCAGCCUCAACAAGAAGCAGAAUUCGAACUUCACCCUCGCGGAGAGGAGCCGGAUCCGGAGCAGGGAAGGGUGAGGGCCCAGUCUCUGUCGGGGAGUGUUGUUGACGUGAAAGGCAAGGCUACUUGGGGGUGAUAGGAGAUGUUAUCAUUUGGGAGGAAGAGGAGGAUGCCUGGUUCUCAGGGCUCCCUUUGUGACUUCAGGAUCCCAUAAGCUUCUUUGUGCAAGAGGGGCGUUCAUUAAAGAUGUCCCCUGACCCACUUCCUGUGGAUGGAAAGCAAUGAAACUUGACCCAGUUCUGAGUCCUUCUCUCCA